AACCGCCCGCUCAGUCAAACCAUACCCACUAAGAGAACUAUUCACAUUUAUUCAGGAUGAACACAGUCUCUUUCGUCUCCACUACUGUCGCUCGAGUUAUCAUCACUGGCGUUCUUUCAGCGGUCCUCUUCAACACAACCGUGGUUCGUCACACUCGUCAUGCUCUGAAGGAGGCAGAACAGAGUUCCGCAAAACUCGCCAUCGCUACGUUAUGCAUCUCGACAUUAGCGCUUCUCCAAGCAUCUGACAGAAUAGCUUGCGAAGUUCUGGGGCUUGUAGAGACCUGUCCGCCGAUCAAUGAAGGGUGUUCCUUGGAGACCGCCGUCGAGGAUCCUCGCUCUCCUGCGUUUUCGCACGAAGAUACCGAUGACUUCAAGACUCCCUUAUCAUCGCCGUCCAUCUCAUCUCCGGGGAACAGCUUAGACAGUAUCGUGACCCUUGCCACCUCCUCAACUGUCUCCAAACUUGGCAAUGUCUUCAGAGAUAUGACGCCCGGUCCUCCGGCCAGCAGCCCAAGUAAUAGCUAUGAUGAUGUGGUGCUGCGCAAGUGGACAGCGGAGACGGUGCCAGAGUUCAGCACCCCAAAUGCUCGCGCGUCUGACAAUAUUAUCAAUUCAAUCAUCAAGCGAAUGAAAUAUCUCUCAAUCUCGGAUAGCCGUUCUUUCCCCUCAACCCCAACCCGAUCUUGAGGUCACGAGCUACCUGUCAGAGCGCCAACGCAUCCACACCUCCCAUCUUAUUACUCCAUAACUUCCUGCACAGACUAGCUCGUGUCACCAGCCUGCAUUCACCCUUUCACAGCCCUACGCGUAAGGUUACCUCGCUCCUCUUUUCCCUGCCUUGCACGUCAAGUUCUAGCAAGAAGAUGUAAACAUAGCACGGAAGCCAGCUUCUCUUCUAGAGUAUCAUUUCCUGACAAUUCCUUAUCUUUAUUACAACUUGAUGA